GGCGCGGGGGAGGGGGCUGGACGCCACAUCGGAAGAGGGUGCGGGAGCCAGGAGACAAGACACUCAUCCCAGGCCCUCUCCGCGAGUUCUCACCCUCAAGAGGGCUAACAAGCGCAAACUCAGUGCCCAGCGGGCCUACGCCAGACUCUCGCUCAGAGGCGCUGGGCCCAAACCCGGAGGCCCAAUAGGUGCCUCGGGAGGAGCUCUACGGACGCCAUGCUAAAAGCCAAAAUGGCUGCCCCAAGGAUGCCCGCAGCGCGCAGCCCGUGAGGAGGGAGCCGGCCGCUGCGGGAGCAGGGGUGGGGGGGCCCGGAGCGCCGUCACCGCUCGCCAGCCCGAGCCGCUCAGUCCCCAGGUUCUGGCUACACUCAUCCCUGGCCAUCCCGUUUGAGUGAUACUUGGAAAGGAACUGGCCAAAGGCGAAAAAAAUGAUCAAGUUCUUCCUUAUGGUGAACAGACAAGGGCAGACCCGACUGUCUAAGUACUAUGAGCAUGUAGACAUUAAUAAACGCGCACUUCUGGAAACCGAGGUCAGCAAGAGCUGCCUGUCCCGAUCCAGUGAACAAUGCUCGUUCAUUGAAUACAAGGAUUUCAAAUUGAUCUACCGGCAAUACGCAGCUCUCUUUGUUGUGGUUGGAGUUAAUGACACGGAGAAUGAGAUGGCUAUCUAUGAAUUCAUACACAAUUUCGUGGAAGUUUUAGAUGAGUACUUCAGCAGAGUGAGUGAACUAGAUAUAAUGUUUAAUUUGGACAAAGUCCACAUCAUUUUGGAUGAGAUGGUGUUAAAUGGCUGCAUUGUGGAAACUAACAGAGCAAGAAUUCUUGCCCCGCUACUGAUUCUUGACAAGAUGUCGGAGAGCUGACGAAGACGAGGUUUGAGCCAUGUGAAGGCCAAGAAGACAUCAGAAGCAGCAGCCUUCUGGAAACCGUCACUACUACCUAUCUCCCAGAGUUCCUAAAGAGAAAACACAAUUCUGUACAAACAAAAUGUCUCUCUUAACAGAGAGCCACAGUCUUACUUGGUGACUGUAAGCUUGCUUCCCUCUGCAGAACAGCAGGGCUGCAGCAUGGCAGCUGUCCCGUCAGCCAAUAAACUUCAAAUUUACUUGACCACUUG